UCUCCUUCUCUUUCGCUGCUUCUAUACUGGUGGACGGAGUGGUGGUUUUAGGCGGUUUCCCUCUUUGUUUCAGAGCGACGAUUUGGAGCAACAAUUCAAAGUUCGAUCCAAACCGGGCUGAGGACUGUGCGACUGCUACUAGUGAUUUUCGGCCAUCAGUAGACUCCGAGUUGGUGGUUUUUGGCGGUGCUUCUUUACAACAGGUAUGAAUUGAACCCAUCUUAUUAAAUCAAUUGUCAUUCCCGUUUGAGAAUUAUAUUGGCUUAAUUUUAAUGCGACAUCUAUCUGUUGAUUUUGUUGUUGUUAUGAAUUACGAAACACAUAAAGGACUUUAUUUUUGCUAUCUGUAUAUGUUAUUAUUGAUGAUAAUCUAACUGCUACUUGAUUAGAAUCAUCCAUCUCUGGAAACAUGUUGUGCACUUUAUUCUUUUUUUCUCUUCACUGUCUUGUUUUGCCAUUUUGAUAAGAGUUGUAUUCUAAGGCUAUAGGGUGUGGUUGGAGCCACAUGGGGCUUUAUCAAGUCCACGUAGGAUCCACGUAGAUCCAUGUCAGCCAUGGAGCCCCCCUUUAAUUUGUAGGGUGUGGAUAAAGCCCCCUAUUAAACAAAAUUAAAAAAAAAAAAUUUGAUUGGUUUACAAGUUGUGGACCCCACCUGAUAAAGCCCUUCGAGCUCGUUACCAUGGUGGCAAUGGUUCAAUAGCGCCCCGGCAUAGCGCCGGGGGUGUGGAACGAUGGUGGGGGUGGGGUGCUAUAGGUGGCCAGCUGGGUUGGGUGACGCCCCCACACCCUCCAGCCUAAUGCACCCUUGUGUUGAUUAUCAUUCUUUAAAUUAAAGUGUAGUGCAUUUGCUCAAGUCUUGGUUUUCCUUUGUAGACACAAUAGCUAUCAAGUGAUCACUUGAUCUAACUUCUUUUUGAGAUCCUUCUUCAUCAUCUCUCACAAAAGCCAACACACGAACAAGCUACUAGCUUGUACACAUUAUAUAAAGUCUUGUAUAUGUUGUCUUUAGUCUUCCAAUGUCACAUUGCUAUCAAUUCUUUGUGCUUUGGAGUUUUUUUUUAUCAGGAACCUUUACAGCAAUUAAUCACGGAUACGACUUCCACAUCCCCUAUGCCACCAUUUUUCCAAGAUCCUCAGAUGCAAGUGUACUCUCACCAUCACUUUCUUUGCUAAAAUAUAUCUUCUUGUAUGAUUUUAGAGAGCUUGCAUUAGCCGAUACACCAGAUGUAUUGACUCUGGUCUACACACACAUUCUUGAUCAUCAACCCUGUCAUGUUGAGAAACUACAUACUGAACCUUGGAAUUUUUGCUGGUACUACCAUCAACAAGAUCGGUCUCAAUCUCAUCAUUGCUAUCUUUUUGUCACCUGAUAUUCUUGAUGAUAGGGACGAUACAACGUUACAAAAUUUGCCACGUGAUAUCCUUGAUGAUGGCGACAAUGAUGACGAUGCUGGUGACGAUGGUGACUAUGACAAUGGUGAUGAUGGCUACAAUGGUGAUGGUGGCAACGACGACGGUGACGACUUUGAGGGUGGUGGUGACGACUUUGAGGGUGGUGGUGACGACUUUGAGGGUGGUGGUGACGACUUAGAGGGUGGUGGUGAAGGUGAUGGGAGACAAUUCAUACAAAGCAACGGGAAAAAGUUUGUAGACCCAAAGGUACAUAUACGUGUAAAGGAAAUACUUGAACAAUGUCUUAAUGGAGAUUGGGUCACGUUUAAAAAGAUCCCCCAAAACAUAAAGACACGCAUGUUUGACCGCUUCCGGACUACGUAUAGAUGGGAUCCAAAAGCACACCAGAGCAUACGUAAUUCAUUUAUUUACGUGCUCAAGGAUUGAUUAAGAGGCAUAAUGAGCGAUAUGAGGAAAAGUUCUAAAAAGACAGCCUUAAACGCGAGGGAACAUAUUCCCGAUGAAGGAUACAAUUUUGAGAUACAAUGCAAAUAUCCGCCCGAUAGAGUGCCUCGUAGGAAAUGGGAAUGUAUGUGUAUGUCUUGGAACACUGAAGAUGGAAAAAGAAGUACAAAGCAGGGAGAGAAAACCGCAAGAAUGACUUAUGUCGUCAUACAGACGGGUCAAUGGGGUAUGACGAACACCGCCGCAACUUGGAAAAAAAUAAAGGGUAAAAAGGUUGGAUUCGCGGAAGUAUUACUUCAUACCCAUACCACCAAAGAGUGUAAAAAGAGAUUACAUGAUGGGGAGAUCAAUGCAAAUGACUAUGAUAAGUUAGAGUUUGUUACUGAUCGUUCAAAACGUUCAUAUGUCUCCUACAUGAAAAAACUUGAAAGGGUGUAUGGGAACACAGAUUGCGAUGAUAUGGAAGUGUGGGAGAGUUUGCAUCCCGAGUGUCAGGGCUGCCAGUUGUUCGGGGUGGGAUAUUCUAAUCCACAUUUUGUGCUGACUGGAACAACAUCUUCCAUAGCUAGUAUUCCAGAUACCCGACAAUCACAUGAGCUCUAAAAAAUUCAAGCAGAACUAGAAAAGGAACGAGAGGCUCGACAAAACAUAGAAGUCCGUUUUGAACAAUUUGAAUAAGAGCGGCAACAAGAAAGGGUUGAACGUGAACCAGAACGGGAACAAGAACGUGUUGAACGUGAACGAGAGCGGACCGAACAUGCUCGAUGGCAAAAAAACAUGGAAGCAAAGUUUAAUAAAUUCGGAAAAAAGAUUUUUUUUUUUUGUAUGUUAAAGAUCGUGUUAGUUUUGUUACAAAAACAUGUGUUUUGUUUUUUUAUUCUAAGAUUAUAAACAUGUUUUUCUGUGGAA